CGAUCAACGUAGCUUUCGAGCAUAGAAGCAGUCUCGAAAGAUCGGAGCCGGAGGCAAAAGGGAAGUCUCUGUGUGGGAAGAUUUGAAAUCAAUUCAAUGGCGAGCUUGGUGAAAGCGAUUUUGAAUCCGCAGAAAAAUUGGUUCGCUGCUUUACACAAGAAAACCAUCGCCAAUCGCCUUCGCAAAUACGGGUUGCGAUAUGACGAUUUGUACGAUCCGAUGGAAUCUCUUGAUAUAAAGGAAGCUCUUGCAAGGCUGCCUCGUGAGAUUGUUGAUGCUAGAAACCAGCGAAUCUUACGCGCUAUGGAUCUCUCCAUGAAACACGAGUACCUUCCUAAAGAUCUAGAGGCUCAACAGACGCCCUUUAGGAGCUAUCUAACUGACAUGCUAGCCCUGGUAGAGAGGGAGAAAGCAGAACGUGAAGCUCUGGGAGCGUUGCCUCUUCAGCAGCGUACUUUGCCCUAGUUUCUUUUUUUAUUUUUAAAAAUAAGUGGAUUGUUAAGGGGAGUGAGACAACAUUCCUUUUUAUUUUGAUUUCAACAUUGUUGUUUUGGCAACAAUAAUAAUUUUUCUUUAUUGGUAAUUCACGUUACUGCAUGUUGUUUGUGGUUAA